AUGGUGUUGAGAAGGAACAAUGCACUUCAUGCCGGGGAUAUUGACCUGAGUGUACGCGUGCAUGAGCGAGAUGGCAGAUUCACCACUGGGAGCGUCUGGGAUCCUCUUGCCGUGCUUGUUGAUCAGCUUCGCAAACGCGUCUCGUUGAACUUGGGAGAGCUCGCUGAGAUCGAUUUGCUCGACGGCAAGGGACGACGGUGGUGGUUCUUGGAGGAAGUUGGUGACGACGGCCUUGAGCGACUUGUCAAGGAGGAGGUGGGUGGCGAGUCCGAGAGAGACAAAGAGCAUAAAGACGGUAAAGCACGCGAGAAUGGUGUAGAAGAGGAGGAAGCGGAUAAAGACCUUGUUGAUCAUGUCGCCUUCCUUGAGCGCACAGCAGAUGCCGAAACUGAACACGGUAGCGGUGAAAAGGAAAGCACUGAUGUGCUGGUGAAGGUAAAUGUAUCAGCCGUCUUGGUAGCCGGGCAGAGAAUACAGCACACAUACCACUGCCAAUUCAUCGCUAUAAAGAUUGUCGCGAUAGUAUACUGCAAUAAUGACAAUAGAACCUUGUUCGAUCCAGCUGCGCGGUGGACUAGCCAACACACGAACCUGACCCUAGCUGCACACGAUACAACAUCCGCGACGAGCACCAUACAAGUCACAAUGACGAGAGACAGGCGGGGCACUCAACGUGACGAGAGGGACGACGACUGGGAUGAACGCGAGGAAUGCGAUCAUGUGGCGGAGAGUC